AUGGUCCCGCGUCUGACAUCGUGGCUUCUGCCAGCAGUGCUACCUUGUGCUACCUUGACGCAAGCUUGGAGCACAAACUAUAACCUUACUGAGAAAUGCUCGUCGCUUGCCGCAUCGAUUUCCAUCCCAGAUGUGACGGUCAACUUCGCACAGUUCGCAACCUACAAUCUCUCAACAUGUCCCUAUCCGUACCAGGUCGUGUUCAAUGAUCUGUGCAGAGUCGCAAUGCGAGUUGCAACCUCCAGAAGAUCAGAAAUCACACUCGAAGCAUGGCUACCCACCAAUUGGAACGGCAGGUUCUUAAGUACCGGAAAUGGCGGUAUCAGCGGAUGCAUUCAAUAUAUCGACCUGGCCUACACUGCCUCUUUCGGAUUCGCAUCCGUAGGAGCCAAUAACGGCCAUAACGGGACAUCUGGAAUAUCGUUCUACGAGAAUCCGGACGUGGUUGCUGAUUUUGCGUAUCGAUCGAUGCAUACAGGCGUCGUGGUGGGGAAGAAAGUCUCGGAAGCAUUCUACGGGAAGGCUCAUAAUACUAGCUACUACCUCGGAUGCAGUACAGGGGGCCGCCAAGGCCUAAAGUCGGUGCAAGACUUUCCGGAAGACUUCGAUGGAGUAAUUGCUGGAGCUCCUGCUGCUGCUUUCAAUAAUUUGACUUCCUGGAGUGGGCAUUUCCUCACAAUCCUCGGCAAUGCGACGAGUCCGACAUUUGUUCCAUUGAGCAUGUGGCCAGUGAUCCAUCAAGAAAUUCUUGAUCAAUGCGAUGGUAUCGAUGGCGUUGUUGACGGUAUCAUUGAAGAUCCCACUCUGUGUCAGUUUCGUCCAGAAGCACUUCAAUGCCCUCCUGGCAGCGGCAACAGUACCAAUUGUCUCACGAGUCUACAAGUCCUCAGUGUUCGACAAAUCUUCUCCGACUAUUAUGGUGUUGAUGGCGCUUUGAUCUACCCAAGAAUGCAACCUGGAUCAGAAUUGAUUGCUCAAUUUUUGUACUAUACUGGCACUCCUUUUCCAUACACGACAGACUGGUUCAGAUAUGCAAUUUACAAUAAUCCGUCUUGGGAUCCCAAUCAUUUGACAGUCCAAGAUGCCGCGCACGCAGCCCACAAGAAUCCCUUUGAUAUCGAGACGUGGAACGGAGAUCUAUCCGCAUUUAAGUCUAGAGGAGGAAAACUAUUGCAAUAUCACGGACAACAAGAUCCUGUCAUUUCUUCAGACAAUAGUCCACGAUACUAUGACCACGUUUCUACAACCAUGGGUCUUCCAUAUUCAUACCUGGACGACUUUUAUCGCUUCUUCCGAAUUUCUGGCAUGGGCCACUGUACAGGAGGACCCGGUGCUUGGCAAAUCGGACAAACAUAUGGCGGAGCAGCUGGUAAUCCACUACUACCGCAAGACAACAUUCUUUUGGCAAUGAUGGCCUGGGUUGAACAAGGCAUCGCCCCCGAAACGGUCACAGGAACAAAAUACAUCAAUGACACUCCGAGCCUAGGACUCAAUUUCACUCGGAAUCAUUGCAGAUACCCUUUUCGCAAUACCCUCAUAGAUCCUGCACGAUAUCAAGAGGCUGAUGCUUGGGAAUGUAAAUAA